AUGAGGAGCGGCCGCAGCGCCCGUCGAUGCCUCGCCGGGGAGCCGGGUGCCUGCGCCAUGAACCCCGAGAUGGCGAUGGAGCCGCUGGGCAGCCUGCACGGGGCGGCCGGCCAUGAGCCGGAGCUGAUGGGCAGCCCCAGCCCCCACCACGGCGGCCGCAGCGCCGGGCCGCUCCGGGCCCCCCCCCCGCCGCCGCCGCCGCCGCCGCCGCCGCCGCCGCCGCACCAGGAGCUGGCCCCCGCCGCCGCCCGGCCGGCCAUGGUGUCCAGCAUGGCCUCGCUGCUGGACGGCGCCGCCGAGUACCGCCCCGAGCUCUCCAUCCCGCUGCACCACGCCAUGAGCAUGCCCUGCGAGUCCUCGCCGCCCGGCAUGGGCAUGAGCAGCACCUACACCACCCUGACGCCACUCCAGCCCCUGCCGCCCAUCUCCACCGUCUCCGACAAGUUCCACCACCCGCACGCCCACCCGCACGCCCACCACCACCACCACCACCACCAGCGCCUCUCGGGCAACGUCAGCGGCAGCUUCGCCCUCAUGCGGGACGAGCGCGGGCUGCCCGCCGUCAACAACCUCUACGGGCCCUACAAGGAGAUGCCCGGCAUGGGGCAGAGCCUCUCGCCGCUGGGCAACGGGCUGGGCCCCCUCCACAACGCCCAGCAGGGCCUCCACGGCUACGGGCCGCCCGGCCACGAGAAGAUGCUCAGCCCCAACUUCGACGCCCACGCGGCCAUGCUGGCGCGGGGGGACCAGCACCUCUCCCGGGGGCUGGGGACGCCCCCCGCCAUGAUGCCCCACCUGAACGGCAUGCACCACCCCGCGCACCCGGGCCACCCGCCGCCCCACGGGCCCGCGCUGCCCGCCGGCCGGGAGCGGCCGCCCUCCUCCUCCUCCGGCUCGCAGGUGAGCAGCUCGGGGCAGCUGGAGGAGAUCAACACCAAAGAAGUGGCACAAAGGAUCACGGCGGAGCUGAAGCGCUACAGCAUCCCGCAGGCCAUCUUCGCCCAGCGGGUGCUGUGCCGCUCUCAGGGGACCCUCUCGGACUUGCUGCGGAACCCUAAGCCUUGGAGUAAACUCAAGUCCGGCCGGGAGACCUUCCGGAGGAUGUGGAAGUGGCUGCAGGAGCCGGAGUUCCAGAGGAUGUCGGCCCUGCGGCUGGCAGCCUGCAAACGCAAAGAGCAAGAGCCGAACAAAGAGCGGAACAACUCCCAGAAGAAAUCUCGCCUGGUUUUCACGGACCUCCAGCGCAGAACGCUUUUCGCCAUCUUCAAGGAGAACAAGCGCCCUUCCAAAGAAAUGCAGAUCACCAUCUCCCAGCAGCUGGGCCUGGAGCUCACCACCGUCAGCAACUUCUUCAUGAACGCCCGGCGGCGCAGCCUGGAGAAGUGGCAGGACGACCUGAGCUCCGGGGGCUCCUCCUCGGCCCCCAGCACCUGUACCAAAGCGUGA